CUUAGUUUAGCGCGCAACAUCUUCGCUGGGGAUGGCGGAAGAUGAUGGACGGAGUCUCGAAGAAGAGAAUCGACAGUUAAAGUCUGCACUUAAAGUGUCGAUGCAAGAAAAGUAUGAGGCAGCUGAAUAUGGCCUAACCCUUUUGGAAACAAAUCAACAACUUAAAAAUCAGCUCGAUGAAUUGGGCGGAAAGUAUGAAGAGUUAAAUCGAGAACUGAAAAUUACUCGCAAGAGUCUCGAGGAACAAAACCUUAUACAGCGUAGGUUAAGUAUCGCGGGUUUCCAGGAGGAAGACGAUCUAGUAUCCGAGUCUGCAAACAGAGAGCGAGUGUUGCGAAAUCAAGUUCAUGACUUGGAGGUAGAAUUAAAGGAGGUUAGACUUAAGUACGAGCGACAAAUGGCAGAGAAUGAUGCACUGCAUAAAAGGAAUGCUGAACAACAGUCAGCUCAUGAAGAUUUGGAGAAGCAGUUCAGAAACCUAAAGUCCGAUAUACGAGAUGCUAAAGCGAAGGAAGCCCAAAUCUUAAAUGAGUACGAUGACUUGGAAGCAGAAAAUUUGGAGUUACAGAAAACUAUACUUUUCCUGAAAACUGGUCAGGUGGAAUUCGAAAGCGUAAGGCAUGAAUUAAAACGACUUCAGGAGGAAAAUGAUGUUAUACAUGUCCAACUAGAAGAAAUAACUCGUUUAAAACGUAUGACGGAAAAGUCCCUGGAAGAUGCUUUAGAAUCACUUCAGAUUGAACGUGACCAACGUCAUAAUUUGCGCAAAGAAUUGGACAGUAGAAUUAUAUCAGAUUCAAUUAGUCACCUGAGUGACUUACGGAACCUUAGCAAUUUCGCGAAUGUCAGCAAACUCAGUCAUCUUCCGGAAACUAAUACAGAAUGCCAAAAAUUAGAUGCCAAUGUAUCUUCCAAUGAACCUCCAGGAAGUGAUGUAAAAAGUCAAGAAGAAAACAAGGAUGGUUCUAAGCAUCCUUCGCCAGAUGAUCUGUUAACUGAGUUAAGAACUACAGAAAUAGCCAAGUAUCAGACAGAAUUGGCUCAUAUAGAAACUGAGAAAAAUGAACUUAUGAGAACACUCGAAAAUACACAGAGGUCACUUGAAUUAGCUACAAGUGAAGUUUCAAAUAAACAGGAACGUAUCAAUGGUUUACUAGCUCAGUUAGAUGCAAUUAUGUCUGUCAAAUCUGAAGCAGACUCUGAAUUUGAAGUCAAAGAAUUGGAGUUAGAAGCACAGACAACAACUGCAAACUGUAAGAAUACGAUGAGUGAAUCCUGUAUUUCUAUGACUGCUCAUCCAGAUGAAAAUGAGGAUCCGAAUGCAAACAUGCACAGUGACCUAAAACGAACACGUAGAGCCCUGCGACUGAGUGAAAACCGUUAUUCCGUAGCUUUGCGUCAGAUCGCCAGCAUGCAACAUGAUCUUUGGAGAUAUCAUGAGCGUGAAAAGAUUGAUUCCCGGCCUGAAUUAGCCUCAGAAGAAUCCUUAAAACAGGAACUGGUUCGCUUACAAGGUAUUUUAGAACAACGCAAUGAAGAAAUAAAAACUUUGCAACAAAGACUAUCCGACAAUGAGCAGGCUGUUUGUACAAAUUAUAGUAAGAUCUGUUCUGUCACGGAAACUUAUAAGCAGUGUCUCAUUGUUCUUAUCGGGAUCUAUAGCUUUGUGUGCUCAGUUAUCAAGGUGUCUCCACAUAAACAAGUGGCUUAUGUAGCAGAUCGUUUUAAUAUACCUCUUCGUGUUGAAAAAGAUUCAUCGGAUAAUUCAGUCGCAUCUGAUCUAGUUGGAACAGAUAAAUCGAUUGAUGAACAACUGGGGCAAGAUUGUGGAACUAAAGUAACGGAAUCUCCUACAGUAAAUGCGAAAACUACUACCACUGCUACGGAGUCAGAUUUUGAGGUCUUGUCCGAAGAAGCUGAUUUACAUCUUACUGUUGUCACACAAUUGCGUCAUCUAGUUAGCACAUUCAAUGAGAAGUAUUCUCAGAUUUCAAAUCAGGUUCCUGGACGUAGCAGUUUAGAUGUUGAAGAAAUUCAACAACAAAACUUGCGUUUAAAAGGUCUGUUGGAGACAAAGCGUGAACAAGUUCAUGCAUUACGUAAUAUGCUACGAGCUAACAAAACUACAGCUGAAACUGCUCUGGCAAAUUUAAAACAAAAAUACGAAAAAGAAAAAAUUAAUGUCAGUUCAACAAUGCAGCAAUUACGUAAUGAAUUAAAAACACUGAAAGAAGAUGCUGCGGUCUAUGCUUCGUUGCGCGCUGUAUUUGCUCAACGUUAUGAUGAAUACAUGACACAAUUGGAUGAAAUGCAAAGAAAAUUAAGUAUGGCUGAAGAAGAAAAAAGGACUGCAAACACUUUGUUACGUCUUGCUAUUCAGCAGAAAUUAGCUGUUACUCAACGACUUGAAGAAAUAGAAGUAGAUCUUUAUCAAAAGCAGAAUUUUGACAUUCGUUCUGGUCAACCUUAUCCCCCUUAUCAUGCUAGUCCAAUUCAGCCGCCAUCUAAUUCCCUUUUAUCCGGCCCAAAUCACCAACACUCCUAUCCUACUUUAAUUCAUAAUCAGCGACAUUCAACUCCACAAAGUUUCCCUCCAUCUGACCUAUCCGCUCCUAGAUCAUCUGCCCUUCCGAAUACUUACUAUCCCGGUUCCAGUCCACAACAUGGGAGCGUGUCAUCCAAUGGCAGUGGUACAAGAGUGUCAGGUCCAGGAUCCGAUAGAAGCAAAAGAAAUACACGUUUUAGACGAGAUGGUGUGACCUGAGCACAUUGUCUACAAAGUCAUCCGUUAAAUACAUCAAUCUAUCUACAUAUAAUAUGAUUUUUAACUCUUACAACCUUGCUUACAUUCGAAAAGAACUUAUUGCCUUAAACCUUCUCAAAUUAGGCUAUCAUUGGUUGUUUUUCACAGCUCAUUAUAUAUAUAUAUGCUUGUAUAAUGUUUUCAAUAUUUUUUUCUCGUAUAUUGUAUUUAUUUAAAGCUCACUGUUCUUACCCGUUCACAGAACUUAGUUAAUCAUAUAUCGUGAAUUUAGUAAAAAAUUCUAAUCCUCUUUUUUGCUAGCGUAAGGAAUUAUUUGUUGUUAUGUGCAAUAUUACUUCUCCUAUUUUUUGAUCUUUCCUCUCUGAAAUACAUUUUUAAAUGUAAGCAGUUAGGGGAUUAUUUGUAUGUGUUUGCUCUUUCCAUAAACAUUAAUUCAUAUAUGUUGACAUGUUUUUAGGAAUAUUUAUAUACAUUACUGAAACGAUAAUAUAUACUGUCUUUUUUUUUAACAUUAUCGGUCUACCGAGAAAUAUCAGGUUUAAUCUCUUGACUAAAUUUUAAAUCUGUCUAAAUGUUUUUUUGUCCCGUAAUUAUUUUCCAUCAGUUUAUCAUGCCAGUUAUUGCUAUGUUUCAUUACUUGUUUUCAUCAUGGUAGAGCACGUACUUAUGAAUUGCUUUGUCCUAAAUUUCCCGUCUUUGUUUUGUAAUCUCUUUCUACAUUUUUAAUUCCUCCUAUAUAUAAAAACACUGAAUCUUACAAUUUUGAUUCGUUCCUGUAUUUCUUUAAGUUUUCUUUUAAAAAUUAUUCUGUCCUUUUUCAUUUAGUGGUGAUCCAAUUGAUUAUUUCAUAGAGAAUUUAAAUUUCUCAUCGUCUUCAGAGAAGAAUGUAUUCUUUGCUUUCUUCACAAUGUAUAGUGUUAAAAAGUAACAAUUUGUUCGAAGUUAUAGUUUCUUGGUUUUAUUUACCCAUUAACCUGCUUGGGUUUUGAUUGUGAUUACUCAAUCAGUCUAG